CAGGUGCGCCUCUGAAUUACUGUAUUUAGGUUAUGAACGAAUAAACAUACACCGUGUGAAUCUAAUAGAAAAAAGAAAUCUUAUAAAAAUGUCAAUGUUAUUCAGAAAUGUCAUCACAAAAGUACGAACAUGCUCGUAUCAAGCACUAACAUAUUGUACGAAAGUGAUCACAGAGGAAACCAGUCCGAUCAUUUCUAAGGUCAGUUACCAAGAUGAAAAGUUUUUCUAUCAAAAACCACGAGAGGUAUGGAUAGAGAACUUAGACACUAUUGAAAGAAAAAAAUUGGGACUUGUAACUUUACAUCCCGAUGUUUUUGGUGCCGCUCCACGAAUAGAUAUUAUCCAUCAGAAUGUUCAAUGGCAACGAAUGUACCGCUGGGUGAACUAUGCAAAUACAAAAACUCGAGCAGAAGUACGGGGUGGUGGUAGAAAACCAUGGCCGCAAAAAGGAUUGGGACGUGCCCGUCAUGGAAGUAUACGUUCGCCAUUAUGGCGAAAGGGUGGUGUUGCACAUGGACCUCGAUCUCCUACACCACAUUUCUAUAUGCUUCCUUUCUUCACUCGUGUUGCUGGACUUACAACCACAUUAUCUAUCAAACUUGCUCAAGAUGAUUUAUACAUAAUUAAUGAUCUUGAAGUUCCAACAAAUGAAUCCUCGUAUAUUGACGAAUUGAUAGAAGCAAGACAUUGGGGUCCUUCUGUAUUGUUUGUUGAUUCUGAGGAUAUUAUGCCCCCCAACAUAACAGAAGCUACAGACACAAUAAAACAUGUGAACUUAAUGCCUGUAUACGGGCUAAAUGUUUAUAGUAUGCUAAAACAUGACACUUUAAUCCUCACUGAAAGGGCUGCACGUUUAAUUGAGGAUAAAAUAUUAUAUAACAUGCAUAGGCCAGAUUAUACAAAAUUAACAAAGAAGUUUAAACUUAAUCAGAUUUAGAAAAUAAAAAAAGCAAACAUUAAAUACCUGUUUACCAUUUA